AUGCUGUCCAGGCUGUUCUGUCGGACUCUGAAAAAGGCUAAGAAUCCCCCAGAGACUGACAGCAAGCCCUCUGAGCAGCAGCAGAGAGUCAACUCUUCAGAUGGAGCAUCUACCACUAGAGCACCUCUAGCUGAGGAGAGGAAGAAGGAGACAAAGAAAAAGCGAAGUUUCUGGAGACUUUUCUGCUGCUGUAAAAGAAAACAUCGAGUGUCUCCACUGUGUGAUGAUGACACUCAGCCAUCCGAUGAACAUCGGAGAAGGUUUCCAAACCCAGCCCAGAUGUGCUACAUGAACUCCAGCAUCCAGAGCCUGCUGACUCUCAAAGAUUUUGUACGUGAUGUCAGCUCCCAGGAGAAUAUGUUGAGGCAGUGUCCAGAGGCUGUGCUGGCCAGACGUUUCAUGGAAAUUGUGAGAUGUCGCUACUCAGAAGAUGCUCUCCGCAAACUUCUGCUCCUCAUGAGGUUCAAGAGGGUCCUGUCUGUCCAGGCGUCCGAGUUUAAGGGUCCAGGUUGCAAAGAUGCCCACGAAUUCCUCUCAGCUGUCAUCGGUCAGAUACAAAGACUGGCUUCACCGACGCAAACAAUGGCAGUUUCUGUGGGAGGAAACUACACCUGCCCAGUCAGCAGCAGCCUGACGUUCCAGAUGCAGAACACCAGGACAUGUAAAGGUUGUGGUGCUCAGUCCAUCACAGUGGAGGAUUUUUGCAAUCUCUCCUUGGACAUCAUCCCUAGAGGUUCAGUGCAGGGGAUGCUCCAGAUGUACCAGAAGGAAACACAGCUGGAGUACAGCUGCAAGUGUGGUGGAAACACAUCAGACCACUAUUCACGAUUCCUGACCCUCCCAAAAUACCUGAUGUUACACCUGAAGAGGUUCAAGUUCACUAAAGACCUGAAGAUACUGAAGCUGCGAGAUCCCAUCAACAUCUGUGAUGAGCUGAUGGAUGAAGGCCUAUACAGCCUAAUUAGUGUCAUCAACCAUUUCGGCUCCACAGUAAAUGAUGGACACUACGUGAGUGAGGGACUGCACCCCGAUGAGGUCCUGGAUGGCAGACCCGAACGAUGGCUCCACUAUGAUGACAAGGACGUCUUUGAAACCAGCAGGACUGUCGUUAGAAAGUGGCGUCAGAGAACCUGCUACGUCCUCUUCUACCAGAGACAGAGGUGCAACAUGAACUCCAGCCUCCUGAGUCUGCUGACUCUCAAAGAGGUUGUACGUGAUGUCAGCUCCCAGGAGAACGUGUUGAGGCAGUGUCCAGAGGCUGAGCUGGCCAGAUGUGGUGCUCAGUCCAUCACAGUGGAAGACUUCAGCAGUCUUUCACUGGACCUGAUUCCGUGCACCCGAAGAGGUUAA